AUGAAGUACCAAACCAUAUUGGUAAUAUUUAUUAUUAUUGGAUGCUCAAUUGAGUUAUCCAAAGGACAAGGUAGUGCAUGUACAUCCAAUACUGAUUGUGGUCCAGGAAGCAAUGCUUGUACAAAGAAUGUUUGUUGGAAUGGUAGAUGUGAGCCACGUGCAAUUUCAUGUUCCGACAACAAUGCUUGUACAGCGGAUUCCUGUGAUCCUAAUAGGGGAUGUGUCUACACUCCAAUCGAAUGCAAAGCCCAGAGUGCCUGCUACUUUGCCUCAUGUAGCAACACUACCGGCUGUGUCCAGACCCCCAUCUCAUGUAACGACGGCAACGCCUGCACCAUCGACUCGUGUAGCAACUCCACUGGCUGCGUCAACACCAACGUCAACUGUGAUGACUACAACGCCUGUACCGUCGACUCUUGCAACCCAACCACUGGAUGUAACUACCAGAACAUUGUAUGUGACGACUACAAUGCAUGCACCUACGACUACUGUGACCCACAGGGCGGAUGUCGCUUCGUGCCAAUCCAAUGCACUUCGCAAGAUGCCUGCAGCACUGGAACUUGUGACCCAGUCAAGGGAUGCUCCACCACCAAGAUCGAUUGUGACGACCAUAACAUGUGCACACAAGACAGUUGUAGCACCAGCACUGGCUGUGUCCAUCAGGCCAUCACUUGUAACGACUAUGAUGCAUGCACCUAUGACAGCUGUGGCAACUCGACUGGCUGCAUAUUCACCCCAAUCUCAUGCACCGUCUCUGAUGCCUGCCACACCCCCUCUUGCAACCCAUCCACUGGCUGCACUCAGAAUCCAGUAGUGUGCAAUGAUUACAAUGCAUGUACUUCCGAUGCCUGUGACUCUAAUUUGGGAUGUAUCUACACUCCAAUCAGCUGCACAUCCGAUGCCUGCCACUACUCAUCAUGUGACAACUCGACCGGAUGCUCUACAACUCCCAUCAGCUGUGACGACUUCAACUCCUGCACCGUUGAUUCCUGUGACGCCAAUUCUGGAUGUGUCCACACUCCAAUCAAAUGUGCCGGAGAGGACAAGUGUAACUUUGCCACCUGUGACCCAUCAACCGGAUGCCAGCUCACCCCUCUGCGCUGCAAUGACAAUGACCCAUGCACUCAAGAUGGCUGUGACCCAGCAAUCGGAUGCACAUUCGUCAACAUUCCAUGCAACCCAUCCGAUGCCUGCCACACUGCAUCCUGCAGCAACCGUACUGGAUGUGUUCAGACGCCAAUCAACUGUGACGACAUCAAUGCCUGUACAAUCGACUCUUGUAGCAACUCCACUGGAUGCUCACAUCAGCCAGUCGACUGCAAUGACUACAACGCCUGCACUGAUGACUACUGUGACGCCAAGAAUGGAUGCCAGUUCAGAUCCGUCAGCUGCGAUGACCACAAUGCCUGCACCAUUGACUCGUGUGACAAGAUCUACGGAUGUGUCUACCAAGCAGUCGCCUGUGAUGACUACAAUGCCUGCACAAUCGACUCGUGUGACGCCAAUAACGGAUGUGUCUACAACAAGGUAUCAUGUGAUGAUAACAACCCCUGCACCCUGGACUCUUGUGAUGUCAAUAGGGGAUGUAUCCACACUCCAACAUCAUGCCCCAACCAAGAUGCCUGCCACAUUGGUUCGUGCAGCAACAGCUCAACUGGCUGCACUCAAACACCAAUCUCUUGUGAUGAUGGCAACCCCUGCACCAAGGAUAGUUGCAACCCAACUACCGGCUGUGUCCACGACCUUCUCUCAUGCCCUCCCAAGGACAAGUGCAGCGUUGGUACAUGCAGCAACUCGUCUAGCACCGGAUGUAUCCAGACUCCACUGAGCUGUGAUGAUGGCAACCCCUGCACAGCCGACUCAUGUGACUGCGCCACAGGUUGCAUCCACAAGCCAAUUGCCUGUAACGAUAACAACUGCUGCACCAACGACAAGUGUGACCCAAUCAGCGGAUGUGUCUUCACCAACGUUACCUGCACACCAAAGGACAAGUGUUCUGCCGCCUUCUGUGACCCCAAGAUGGGCUGCUCCAACAAGCCAAUAAGCUGUGAUGAUGGCAAUGCCUGCACUACCGACUCUUGCGACUGCGCCACAGGUUGUGUCCACAAGCCAGUAACCUGCAAGCCAUGUGAUGCCUGUCACGUCGCCACCUGUGACCCAAUCAAGGGAUGUGUCCAGACCCCAAUGUCAUGUGAUGAUGGCAACCCUUGCACCGUCGACAGCUGUUCGCUGGGUCUCCUCGGCAUUGGCGCCGGCUGUAUCCACACUCCAGUCAAGUGCAGCACAUGCAACACCUGUAACGCCGACAAGUGUCUCGUGCCAACUUGCAACAAAUCGACUGGUCUGUGUGGCAACGUCACUCUCAACUGUGACGACGGCAACCCCAACACUUGCGACUCUUGUGACAGCAAGAUUGGCUGCGUGAACAAGUGCUGUGAUGACAACAACAAGUGCACGAUCGACACGUGUGGCGCCAAUGGCAAGUGUAUCUUCACACCAAAGAACUGUGAUGAUGGAAAUCCCAAGACCCAGGACUCCUGCAACCCAUUCACUGGAAAGUGUGUCAACAAGUGCAACUGUGCUGAUGACCUGAUCAACAUUGACCUUGACAUUGGUAUCAAUCUCUAA